GUCAAGGCAACCAGGGCUUUUCCUUUGAUGGACUCAAAAAUCUCAUUCGAAUUUUAGAUCGCAUUUCUAACACAGCAAAGAUUUACGACAAAAAAAUAUUAAUCAUUAAAUUUAUGCAUUUAUAAAAUAAUAUUAAUCAUUCGUUCGCAGUGAACUUGAAUUCUACGAGAGCUUAUUUGGCCAUUAUUCUCAAGGCAAGCCAUCUUUGUUUACGAGUUUACGACUAAACUCUACAUCUUACAAGGAAAAGGACUUGCUCAAUCAGAAAGGUGGGCGUGUACGAUGGUGGACUUCCGGCGGGAACUGGGACCACAGCUAGAGGAUCUCCGAUCAAAAGGCCUCUUCUGUGACGUCACUAUGGUGUUCCCCCAAGAUGGGCGGAAAAUGCACGUGCAUAGAAACAUUUUAGCAAGCUGUAGCCAUUACUUCCGAACUCUUUUCACCUUCAACAUGACGACAUCGGGACAUAUCGAGGUGGAGAUACCGGGGAUCACAUACUCAGACAUGGAGGCGAUUGUACAGUUUGCUUACACACACAAGGCUAACCUAACUGCCAGCAACAUAGAAUCCGUUAUAGUUACAGCUGACAGACUCAACGUCUUGGGGCUUUUAAAGGUGUGUGAAGACUUCCUGUUGGAACACAUGAACACAGACAACGCCAUAGGGAUCUACAAGAUCGCCAAGUACCUGCACUGUCGCUCCCUUGAGAGUCACACGUGGUCCUUCCUGCUCAAAAACUUCCACUUCCUGUACACAUCAAGUAACGAGUUCCUACAGUUGACGCCUGAUGAGCUGGUCCAGAUACUGCGAGCAGACGAUUUAAUUAUAGAUUCCGAGGACUACGCAUGUGCAGCCGUGGUGAAGUGGGUUUACUUCCUACCGGAUGUGAGGUCAGCUUAUCUCCCUCAGCUGUUGACGUCUGUUCGGCUGGGUUUGGUCUCCAGGGCAACCUACGACGCGCUCAUGCAGAAGUUCAGCUCGUUGCCAACAGAUUCUGAGUCCAUGUGCAUUUUACAGAAAGGUUAUGAGCUGUGUAGAGGCGCGGACGACACAAUUCUUCGGCCGCAACUGUGCCAGUCGCUAGGCAACCCUAUGCUUCGACCUCGAGUUCCGAACGAAGUUAUAUUUGUCCUGGGUGGAUGGUCGAGGGACGGGGUGUGUGCGGACAUGGAGACAUACGACAACAGAGUGGACAAAUGGUACGAGAAUGAAAGUGAAUCUUACGAGCACAGCCUCGCGUACCAUGCGAUGGUGGCUGUGGACAAAGCCCUGUACGUCAUUGGGGGCUAUACGACGGUGAAAUAUCUCAAUUCUGCCAAAAGAUUUGAGCCUUUAACAAAAACCUGGUCGGAGAUUGCUCCGAUGCACAGUAGUCGAUGCUACGUGUGUGCUGCUGAACUGGGUGGUCUAAUUUACGCUUGUGGUGGAUUUGACGGCACAAACCGACAUAGCUCUGUUGAACGUUACUGUCCGGUUAAGAAUCAGUGGCAACUGGUUUGUGACAUGUCCAGUGUCCGAAGCGAUGCAGGUGCAUGUGGAGUAGAUGGAAAAUUGUAUGUGGCUGGUGGUUUUAGUGGCACAGAAUGCCUGAACACAGCAGAAUGUUAUGACCCAUCAUCCAACCAGUGGACCAACCUCACACCCAUGAGUUGUCAGAGAAGUGGUGUCACAGUAGUAGCCUUCCAACAUGCAAUCUAUGCCAUUGGUGGUUUCAACGGGUCGGUCAGGUUAGAUGAAGUUGAAAAAUACUAUCCAGAUAGAGGAGGUUGGUUUCCUGUAAAAGAGAUGCUAAAAGGGCGAAGUAACUUUGCUGCUGCAGUGAUAGAGAACAAAAUUUAUGUUGUUGGUGGUUAUGAUGGAUCUGGCACAACUGGUCAUGUUGAAUUUUAUGAAAGUGACAAAGAUGAAUGGACAGAAGCAGACAGUUUGAGAGUGGGGCGCAGUGCUGCAAGUGCAUGUACCAUCAAAGGCUUAGACAACAUACAAGAAUACACAUUUUAUGGAAAAGAGGCAACACUUGUAGCGCAGACUGACAGUUUUGAUUGGCAGAUUUCACCCUAUAUUUGUGCACCCCUCCAAGCAAGGAGUUGGAGUAUGAACACAAGGUCAAGGAAUAAAAGGCCGUCAUAGUACAUGAGUGCCAGUAGGUUUUCUACCACAUCUUAUAUCUGAUGAUUAACUGAUUCAUUUAGUAAUAUAAAAAGUGAAAAAUCCUACUUAAAAUGAUGUGUACUAACAUUGUAUAUUAUAAAGAGUGAAGCACUUAAUUAAACUGGUAGACUUGUGUAAAAGAGUAGUACCACAAGGAUUAACAAAUUAUGUUUAAAAAUGACAAACAUUAUGCAUGUUGCUAAGAAAAACCAUUGAACAUAAUGGAAUUAUUAUUUUUAAUAAAUACUGUAAUCUAUUUUAGAUUAAAGCUACUUUAUUAUUGCUAUUCAAGCAAUUUAAGCUUUGUAGCUUAUAUUAAUUAAGGGAGUGGGGUAUUGCGUUCACUUAAAUGAAGUGUCUUAUAUUGACAUGAAUUCAUGGCUUCCAGUUGAAAAUUUUAUUUAAAUGCUUUUGAAGAUUGAAUGCAAGUGUGAGACAAAUGUUUGAAUGAUUCAAAGAGUGUUUGUUUCAAAUGUUUUUUUUCAAUUAACAUUUUUAUGCAAUUCAAUUUUCAUUUAUAUAAACCCUUGACUAUUUAUGACAUUGAAGGGAUAGAAAUAUUUGUCAAUAAAUUAUCUAUAUUUGUAAAUGGUAAAUAAAGUGCAAUUAUGUAAAUGAUAAAUAUAUAUUUUACAUGAGAAACUGCUUCACAUGAAAGAAAUGUCUUAAAGUUUGUUCUUUUACAGAGAAGUGCUUUCUUUCUAUUUUUACUCUUACAAUAUAAAAAAAAUAUUACAGAAAAAUUAAAGUUGUUUACACUGAAAAGAAGGGAUUGAUGAGAUAUUCCAUAGACUAUAUACAUGAUUGCUUAGACCAGACUGACAGAUAGAGACAUCAAGUUUACAGUCAUUAUUUAUGUUUUUUGCAAGAGCUUAUUGAAAAAGUCAUCAGUACUCAUGAAAAGUUUUGCUCUCAUCAUCUGAUUUGGUUGUAAGAAAUUUACAUGUAUGUAUUAGUUUAAUAAAACAUGAUUUGAUAGAUGAUCUUUUAUCAAAUGAACAACACUAAAUUUGUAAGCAAAAAAUAAACAUGAACAAAGAA